UCUCUAGCACGAGGAUUCUCUUUCUUUAAUGUUGUUCUUCACAAUCAUUGCUACAUAAAAAAUUCAGUAUUUCUACUUUAUUCUACAGUUGACUAAGAUUCUAUCAAACCCUUGAUUGCCUUCCUUUCCAAGCCUUUUUUCCUGGAAAGAGAUUAAGAGAGCCAUAAAAACUCUGAUCAGGCCAACCCGAGGAACAAUUCCAAGUGGGGAUUUCAUUGUUUGAAUUUUCUCUUUUUUUCUUUUGUUUGUUCUUAUUUUCUGACCUUAUCUCCAUUUGGGUUUUUUUAAUACUUGAUCAUCAUAAACUUUGUCUCUCUAGAGAAUAUAUCCCUCAUUCGGCUCUGUAAUUCUCUGAUCCCAAUCAUAAAUUCUGCUGGUUUCUUUAUCUGGAUUUAACAGCAGUUCGUAUCUUCUGGAGCGGAGGAAACGAGGGUUUAUCUAGAGAUGGGCGGUUGUUGCAGCAAAAGCACUGAAUCACCACCACCACCGCGACUAAGACAACAGUAUAACAACAAUGGUUAUGGUGGUGGUCAAAAAUCCCAAGAAACCCCAAAAUUACCUGAAAAGUCACCAAGGCCGGCUCAACCGGUCCCAGCCGAUGCAAUUCUGGGGAAACCAUUUGUGGAUGUCACGAAGGACUACGCCCUCAGCAAAGAACUGGGUAGGGGUCAAUUUGGGGUAACUAAACUUUGUUUUGAGAAUGUAAGUGGUAAGAGAUAUGCUUGCAAAUCAAUAUCUAAGAAAAAGUUGGUGACCAAAGGUGAUAAGGAGGAUAUGAGGAGAGAGAUUCAGAUUAUGCAGCAUUUGAGUGGCCAGCCAAAUAUUGUUGAGUUCAAAGGGGCUUAUGAGGAUAAGCAAUCAGUGCAUCUGAUUAUGGAGUUAUGUGAAGGUGGUGAACUGUUUGAUCGGAUUAUUGCCAAGGGGCAAUACAGUGAGAAGGCGGCUGCUUCAAUUUGCAGGGCUAUUGUGAGUGUUGUUCAUAUUUGUCAUUUAAUGGGUGUGAUGCAUAGGGACCUCAAGCCUGAGAACUUCUUGUUGACUAGCAUUUCGGACAACGCAAUGCUGAAGGCAACUGAUUUUGGGUUGUCAGUCUUCAUUGAAGAAGGAAAGGUGUAUAAGGAUAUAGUUGGGAGUGCUUACUACGUUGCACCUGAAGUGUUGCGGCGCAGAUAUGGAAAGGAAAUGGACAUCUGGAGUGCAGGAGUUAUCCUGUAUAUUUUACUCAGUGGUGUACCUCCAUUUUGGGCAGAAACAGAGAAGGGAAUAUUUGAUGCUAUCAUGAAGGGAGAUAUUGACUUUAAAAGUCAGCCAUGGCCAACUAUAUCAAACAGUGCCAAGGACUUGGUCAGUAAAAUGCUGACACAAGACCCAAAGAAGCGGAUUACUUCUGCUCAAGUGCUUGAGCACCCGUGGAUUAAAGAAGAUGGAAAAGCAUCAGACAAGCCAAUAGAUAGUGCAGUUCUUUCUAGGAUGAAGCAGUUCAGGGCAAUGAACAAAAUGAAGAAAUUGGCACUAAAGGUUAUUGCCGAAAAUCUUUCUGCGGAAGAAAUCCAAGGGCUGAAGCAAAUGUUUGCAAACAUAGACACUGACAACAGUGGCACAAUUACAUAUGAUGAACUGAAGGCAGGAUUAGCACGACUUGGAUCAAAGCUUUCCGAGGCUGAAGUCAAACAACUCAUGGCUGCUGCUGAUAUUGAUGGAAAUGGGUCAAUUGAUUACAUUGAGUUUAUCACUGCCACAAUGCAUAGACACAGGCUAGAAAGAGAAGAACAUCUUUACAAAGCCUUUCAACACUUUGAUAAGGAUGGUAGCGAGUUUAUCACAAGAGAUGAAUUAGAAUCAGCCAUGAAAGAAUAUGGGAUGGGAGAUGAUGACACGAUCAGGGAAAUAAUAGCGGAAGUUGACACGGAUAACGAUGGUAGAAUCAACUAUGAAGAGUUCUGCACAAUGAUGAAAAGUGGAGGAACCCACCAGCCGGCAAAGCUCUUCUAGAUCAAGAUACCACCACUUUGUUUUUCCUGAACAAAUAUAUUCAAAUGAAGACAAUAUCUGCAAAUUGAGAGAGAGAGAGAGAUGAGCUUCAUUCUGUUUCAGAGUUACGCUUGAUUAGUUGUCGUCUUUUUUUUUUUUUUUUUUUCGUUUUUUGUUAGGAUGGUAUUGAUCUUGUUGAUAUUUGAAAUAUAGUUUUAGAUGUGAAGAGAAGAGUGUUGCUACCAAUAAUAUCAAGUUCAGAGAUUGAACAUAUAUACUUGAACGUGAUAUUGAACAUACUUUAUAUGAUCACGUGUUCUUUUAUC